AUUUCAAAUAUGGCUGCCUCCAGUGAGCAAAGAGCAACGUGAUAACUUUUUUAUUUUAGAGCAUUAAUAACUUUUGUUAUUUUGUAUUAUCCAUUACUGAAUUUACUCAAGUUGGAUACGAUCUGUAGAGUUCGAUCAAGGAAUACAAGUGGACUCAAACUGUCUGAAGAAUUAGAGGAACUGAUUCAACCUUUUAAAAUGGCCUCAUUUAAACCCACAAAAAUCCAAAUAUAUCCCCAACUCGGUGCGAAAGUUACUCAGGACACAUUGUAUUGGAAAAACUACAAGGCUCCAGUUCAAGUAAAGGAAUUUGGAGCCAUCACCAAUAUUGACUUCUCCCCUCUUGCUCCACACAACUAUGCGGUAACAGCAUCUACACGGAUCCACAUCUACGGACCAUUCUCCCAGGAGCCUGUCAAGACAUUUACACGCUUCAAAGACACCGCUUACAGUGGAAGAUUCCGGUCAGAUGGUCAGCUAUUGGUGGCAGGAUGUGAGGACUCUGUCGUGCGGCUGUUUGAUGUCAGCGGCAAGGUGGCGCUCAGGAUGUUUAAAGGGCACACAAAGGCUGUGCAUGUAGCAGAUUUCACUUCAGACUGUUACCACAUCCUGACGUGCUCGGAUGACUAUACCUGUUGCCUGUGGGAUAUCCCCAAUUCCACUGAAUUAACCAAGUACAAGGAGCACUCAGACUAUAUCCGCUGUGGUGCCACCAGCAAGCUCAAUAAAGAUCUCUUUGUAACAGGCUCCUACGACCACACGCUGAAAAUGUUUGAUGCCCGAGUGCAGAAGAGUGUGAUGACCAUGGACCACAACCAUCCUGUGGAGAGCGUUCUUUUCUACCCAUCAGAAGGACUGCUAGUUUCAGCAGGGGGACGCUAUGUGAAGGUUUGGGACUUGCUAAAGAGAGGCCAGCCUCUAGUGUCUCUGAAGAACCACCAUAAGACCGUCACCUGUCUAUGUCUUAGUGGCAAUGGACAGCGACUGCUCUCUGCGUCCCUCGACAGACACGUGAAGGUUUACAACACAACCAACUACAAAGUGGUUCAUAGCUUUGACUACACUGCCUCUAUUCUCAGUCUGGCCCUAGCUCCUGAAGACGAGUCUGUUGUCGUUGGGAUGACCAAUGGCAUCCUAAGCAUUAAACACCGGAAGACAUCUGAAGAGAAACAGGGUCCGACGGGCCAACCCAGGCGGCAGCCGGUGUUCCGUGUCUUUGUCAAAGGGCGAAACUGUGUCCCAAAACAGGAUGAUUUCCUUGUCAGCAAAUCAGCGAAGAGCCAUCUUGCCAAAUAUGACAAACAGCUGAAGAGGUUCAACGUUUCCAAGGCCUUGGAUACUGCCCUUGAGUCUUGGAAGAAGAACCGAAAACCGGAGAUCACUGUGGCUGUGAUUAAGGAGUUGGAUCGUCGUGGAACUUUGAAAAACGCUCUGGCAGGAAGAGAUGAGCAGAACCUCUCUCAACUUGUCAAUUUCCUCAUCGGGAAUGUAGUGGAUCCCAGAUUUGCACCGGUCCUUGUCACCGCUACUGAGAUGAUUCUAGACAUCUAUAAGGCAGUUGUAGGCCAGUCAUCAGUAGUGGACAGACAGCUUGUCCGUCUCCAGGAGCUGGUAGAGAGAGAGAUCGACUACCAACAGGAUCUCCUGGAAGUGCUAGGAAUGUUGGACACCCUAUUUGCCUCCACCCUCCCCAGAAAAGAGGUACCUUGCCCAGGCAACAGCCAACCCAAUGGUUUGGCAGAGGUGGAUCCUGGACCACAGCUGCGAGUCGCCUGAUUCCUCUUUGAAAGACUCAUGUGGGGGGACAAAACAUGAAGACUAAUCUAAUGAACCCAUGACUUCAUUCUUCUAGCUGCCACCAAUGGGGGAAAAAAAUAACUGUAGAUUUGGGCAACAAAUCUGAGCCUGGAUUUUGCUAGGUUUCCUGGUUUUCAGAGUAAAACAAUAAGUAGUAAUUGUUUUACUGUGGGGUCAGUUUUCCAGGUUGUUUUUUAAAUGUAUUCAUAUCUUAAUUUCUCUACAGCUAGAUACAGAUGUAUCAAACAUUGAAUGAAUGUUUGGGACAUUGUGAAAUGAUUUUUCACAGCAAAUGUUUCUUUAAACAUGGCGAGUUGUUUGCCUAUAAAUUUGUUUCCAUUUGCCCUAUUUGUUCAUGUUUGGUUUGCAUUUUUAUAGAAUGUGUGUACAUGCAUUUUGGUUUACAAAAGGAAAAAGUAGUAAACCAACAGUUCUUCAUUGUAGCGUCCUGGUUCAUGAACUUGUUCCCUUUAUUAUUUGAAAAGAAAAUACUUAUACAUAAAUUGGGGGAAUUGGAUUACAUUUAAUUUGGUAAUCAGCAAUGUCUUAAUUUGGUAGAUUUUUGUUAUUUAGCAGGUGAUACUAUCCACUGUGUCUUAAAGGAGCUGUAAGGGUUAACUGUUCUGCUUAAGGGCAGAAUAUAUUCCUUUUUUGAUUAGUGUAGAUUCAUAAAGGAAGUUUGCAGAGAACAUGCACCUGUAAGUUAUGAAAUCAGUUAUUUUAGGGGCUAUCCCUAAUUUCCUCCGCCCUUGUGGAAGUUUGCUGAAUUAUAACAUUAAGUCAAUUCGCUUGCCCUUUUCUGCCAUUGCUUGUUUGAAGAGAUAAUCGGAGGCUGUCGUAUGCAGGCUCCGAAGGCUAUAUAUAUAUAUCAGCGACGUGGAAUUGCUUAAGGCACAAUGUUUGUUUUUUAGCGCAAUUAUGAGUGUAUAGGCGGACCUAAUUACCUGAUGUGCAUUUCUGUCAGAUUGCGAGACUUGACAAAUCAAAAAAAUAUAUAUUCAAUUGUUAAUGUUUUUUCUUAUAAGAUUUGUGCAUUUAAAUGUCUUGCUUGUUCUAUCAGACCAUUAAUUGUAUCAGUCAAGUGUUUCCUGAAGUUUAUCCAUUUUCCAUUAAACCUCUAGCCAACUA